AUGUUCUCCAAGAUUGCCGUCCUCGCCGCUGUUGGCGCUGCCGCCGCCAUGCCAGCCUACUCUGAGCAGCCAGCCGCGUACUCUGAGCCAGCCGGUUACGAAACGACCACCGCUCCGCCAGCAUACAGCUCGCAGCCUCCAGCCUAUGGCGAAUCUUCUUCUUCCGCCGCUCCUCACAGCGAGUCGAAGCCGCCGGUUUACGGAUCUUCGUCUUCCUCUGCCGUCGGGUACAGCUCGCAGCCGCCAGUCUACGGAUCUUCUUCCUCCGCAGGCGCGUACAGCUCAAGCAAGCCUCCGGUUUACGGAUCGUCUUCCUCUUCCGCUCCCGGAGGCUACUCUCACGGCUGGGGCGCUUCGUCCUCGACUGCCCCUGCUGGAUAUUCUGCAUCUUCGGCCUACGGCUGGUCCUACCCUGGCUACGGAUCUUCCUCUUCCGCAUCCGCCGUGCCAUCUAGCUACCCUGGCUACGGAUCUUCUUCUUCCGCAUCCGCCGUGCCAUCUAGCUACCCUGGCUACGGAUCUUCUUCUUCCGCAUCCGCCGUGCCAUCUAGCUACCCUGGCUACGGAUCGUCUUCUUCUGGAUAUGCCGUUUCGUCUUCAUCCGUGGCCUGGUACCCAAGUUCCAGCAGUGGUGUGAUCUACCCAACCGGUGGCUACCCACACAACGGCGGUGGAUAUCCCCACACUUCCACCUGGACCGUCCCGAUCACCACGUCGUACACCACUCACGUGCCAUGCUCGACCAACACCGACAUCACGUCGACCGAGACGAUCUACACGAGCUACUACACCACCAAGACUUCCGUCGUGGUCGAGCCAACUCCAUACCACCCUGGUGGCGAAUCCCCUCACAACGGUGGUUCUUACCCUGGCGGCGAGUCUCCUCACAACGGCGGUUCGUACCCUGGCGGCGAGUCUCCUCACAACGGUGGCUCGUACCCUGCCGGCGGCCACCCAAGCAGCCCAGGCUCUUACCCUGGCCACGGAAAUGGCAACGGCAACGGCGAGCAGUGCAACUGCCCUGAGGCUCCUGCAGGCGGCUACAUCACCGUCACCGUGACCAAGUACGCUGAGCCAACCGCCUGCGCCGGCGAGCAUCCCUCUGGAUACCCAACCCCCUCUUCUUCCGAGGGCGCCUACUACCCAAGCUCCUCCUCCGCCGCCUACUACGGCAGCUCUUCCUCCGCCGCCGCCUACUCCUCGUCCAAGUCAGCGCCUACUCUUCCUCGGCCCCGGCUGGCUACUCUUCCGCCGCUCAAGCCUACUCUUCCUCGGCCCCGGCUGGCUACUCUUCCGCCCCACCAGCCUACUCGGAGCCCACCGCCGCCCCGACCUACGGUGCUUAAGCGUUGA